AAUUUAUUGAUAAAUUUCAUGACAAUUGUUGUAUUAAAUGGCAAUUUAUAGAAAAUGUCACUCUUUUAGGACUCUAUUAACAAAUCAAUUGAAAUUCAAUUUUCUCUUAAAUGAGAAGAAGUUUACGAAUAGUGUAUAUAAAUGUAAUGAAAUACCGAAGUCUUCUGGCAUUAAGUUAUCGGAUCUGUCGGACAGAUAUAACACCAAAUUUAAUGUGGUCCAUACGGCCAGUUCUGUUGAACCUCGUUAUGUCUUUGCCAACAACGAACUCGACUUGUCUGACAUCGAAGUCUAUGGCUUUGAUUACGACUACACACUCGCCGUCUAUAAAGAAUCUCUUCAUUACUUGAUCUAUGAUUUGGGGAGAAAUGUAUUGAUAGAGAAAUACAAAUAUCCAAAGGAUAUUCUUAAACUCGAUUACAUCCCAGACUUCGCCAUAAGAGGAUUGCAUUACGACGUCGAGAAUGGUCUAUUAAUGAAAAUCGAUUCCUUCCAUCAAAUCCAAUUGGGAAGUGUUUACAAAGGGCUCACACGUAUCGACGACGAAGAAGUGCUCAAUUUAUAUAAUGGCAGUUAUGUUCCGCAAAAGUUAAUUAGAUCUACUGGUGGUGGAGAGCAAUUACGAAUGAAACAACUAAACGACUUGUUUAGUGUCCCCGAGAUUUGUCUGCUCUCUAAUGUGACCGACUAUUUCAAUAGGAAUCACAUCACGUAUUCUCCAGAGAUUCUCUUUAAUGACACACAGAACGCCGUUCAGAGUAUUCAUCCAUUGAUGCAUAAAAUGAUUGACGAGAAUUUGAUCCAUAAAUAUCUGGAUAAACAUAAUUCUCUCAAUACUUUUCUCCAUAGACUUAAAGAUAAUAAUAAGAAGAUGUUUCUCAUAACCAACAGUCCCUUCAAAUUUGUACCGUUCAGACACUAUGAUAUAGAAAGUGAUUGUCAGAAAUGGGAGAAAGUGUCGACUCUUGAGAGGGGGAACAUCUAUAUGGAGGGAACUGUUCAUCAGUUGCUUGAGAUGACGGGAUGGAAAGGCAACUCAAUUCUAUACUUCGGAGAUCAGAUUUACAGUGAUUUGGCGGACAUUACGUUGAACUUCGGGUGGAGAACCGGCGCUAUUAUCGUUGAACUCGAAAGAGAAAUCAAAACUUUUAAUUCGGAGGACUUUAGAGAAGCUGUCAGUGCUUUACAGGCCUUACAACUACUUAUCGACGAAUCGCACAAAACUAAUGACAAUCAUCUGUUGGAUCAAUUGAUCCAACAAAGAGACGCUCUCAGAGCGCGUACGAAGACAUUAUUCAACCCACAGUUCGGGAGUAUAUUCCGGACGCAUAACAAUCCCACGUAUUUCUCUCGCCGUCUGUUCCGCUAUUCAGACAUUUAUAUGUCUUUUGUGACCAAUUUAUGCAACUAUUCAAUGAAUCACAUAUUCUGUCCGCGAAGAGGACUACUGCCUCACGAGAGCAACAUCUCUCAGGUCCACAUCCAAGACAAUCAAUCAAACUUACCAUAAGCUCACAAACCUAGCCAACAAUUGUAAACUAGUCCUUGUUAUUAGAUCUGAUGGUUUAUAUAUAGGGUUAUAAUUAAAUGUUAUAAUUAAACGAUUAAACAAUUAAAUUGAUUAAAAUUUAACGCAAAACUAAAA